AUGGCCACAAUGGGUCUUAAAAUGAUGGCUGGCACUUGUUUAUUAUUUCUCCUCGUUGGUGUUGCGUUUGCCGAACCCGGGGACUUCCCAGCAGAGUUUGAAUUCAUGGGAUACACGACAAAUAUUGAUACACCUAAAUACAGAUUGAAGGACACCGUCCAGCCUAGGAAUAUCAAAGUCGAUCUUGAUGUAUAUCUAUCUGAGUCCCGCUUCACAGGCACGGUGGAACUUGAGGUUGAAACAUCGGAAAACUUAACUCAAAUUGUUAUGCAUCAAAAUGUUGUAGCCAUAUCGGCCAUAACUGUAUUAGACGACGGCAACCAGCCGGUGAUAUUACAAAGUCCGGGAUCGUUUGACACUGAUAGCUACUAUGAAAUACUGAUAAUUAACUUCGCUUCCACAAUACCACCCGGCAAUUAUACUAUAACAAUCAGUUAUACUGGACGAAUCAACGAAAACCCUACCGAUCGUGGAUUUUAUAAAGGCUAUUACCAUGACGGCAAUACAGUUCGUGAAUAUGCCACAACACAGUUUCAACCUUACCACGCACGGAAAGCUUUCCCGUGCUUCGAUGAACCUCAAUUUAAAUGUCCCUUCACAAUUGCUAUAACUCGUGACGCAUCUCUUGGUCCCACAUAUUCCAACAUGGCUAUAGAGAGAACAGAUGAAAUAACACCAAACCGUAUCCGCGAGACCUUCUUACCCACUCCAGUUAUAUCUGCCUACCUCAUCGCCUUCCACGUUAGUGACUUUAUAGCGACAAACAGUUCAGCAGUAGAUGGCAAACCAUUGCAAAUCAUAUCUCGACCAGGAGUCACUAGUCAACAUCCCUACGCUGCUGACAUGGCAAUGAAGAUAACCAACGGAAUGGAUGAAUAUUUCGAUAUUGACUAUUAUAAUAUGGGCCAAGGACAACCCAUGAAAAACGAUCAUAUCGCACUACCAGACUUCCCAUCCGGUGCCAUGGAAAACUGGGGAAUGGUGAAUUAUAGGGAAGCUUAUCUACUUUAUGAUGAAGAGCAUACGAAUGUCAUAGAUAAAAUCUUCAUAGCCACGAUACUGGCCCAUGAGCUCGCGCACAAGUGGUUCGGAAACCUUGUCACAUGUUUCUGGUGGAGUAAUCUGUGGCUAAAUGAAUCUUUUGCCAGUUACUUCGAGCACUUUGGAGCACAUAUGGCGGAUAAAGAUCUGGAGCUGGAUAACCGUUUUAUUACCAGCCACGUACAAAGAGCCCUUGGUGCUGAUGCAAGCCCAUCCAUUAACGCAAUGAACUGGUCAGCGGUGGCAGAUAACCCAUCGAUCAGUGCCCACUUCGGUACCUCCAGCUAUGUCAAAGGAGCUUCAGUGUUGAGGACUAUGGAGCAUUUACUUGGUUACACGACUUUCAGAAAUGGACUCAGACAUUACUUGAAGGAUAAUGAAUACGGCAUCGGCUACCCGGUAGAUAUGUACAAUGCACUGAGGAAAGCGGCAUCAGAAGACGCCUCAUUCCAAGCAACUUACCCCGGCGCAGACAUUGGAGAAGUUCUGGACAGCUGGGUCCAAACACCAGGGUCACCAGUUGUCAAUGUUUAUGUCAAUAUGACUAGCGGUCUUAUCAGUUUGACUCAGGAACGUUUCCAACUAACUGGAACUCCACCGGAUGAUCUGUGGCAUAUCCCCAUCACGUGGACGCAUGGAGGAAACGUCAAUUUUGAUAAUCUGAAGCCGACCAUGAUAAUGUCGGGUAAAACUGGAACAUUACAAAACAUUCCUGGCCAUCAUUGGGUUAUUCUAAAUCUUCAGCAUUCAGGCUUAUACCGAGUCAACUAUGACGACCACAAUUGGGAAAUGCUCGCCAACCAACUGCGCAAAGACAAAAACGUUAUCCACAGACUGAACAGAGCUCAGAUUACAAAUGACGUUCUAUUUUUCCUCCGUGCUGGAAAAAUCAAAGCCGAGCGCGCGUUCGAUGUGCUAUCCUUCUUGAAAGAUGAGAGCGAUUACUAUGUGUGGUUCGGACCUUUGGCUCAGCUGGACUGGAUUAGAAGCAGACUUGAGCAUUUGCCGAAAGCUCACGAAGAAUUUAGCGCUUAUAUUCUUGAUAUGUUUACUGGUGCUAUCAAAGAAUUGACCUAUGAUGAAAAGGAGAAUGAGAAUAUCGCCGUUACCCAAAGUAGGAUGCAGAUCUUAAACUAUGCAUGCAAUUUAGGCCACCAGGGUUGUAUCAGUGACAGUCUUAAUAAAUGGAAUGCCUUCAGAUCUGAUCCUGAAAAGCUAGUCCCUAAGAACGCUCGUCGAUACGUCUACUGCACUGGUCUCCGUCAAGGCGAUGCGUCUGACUACAACUUCCUCUUCGAAAGAUACAACACUUCCCAGAACACCGCUGACAUGGUCGUGAUGUUACGGACUCUGGCGUGCACCAAGGACGAAGCUUCGUUGAGACACUAUCUGUUCCAGUCGAUGCAUAGCGAUAAAAUAAGAAUUCACGACCGUACCAACGCCUUCAGCUUCGCUCUUCAGGGCAACAGAGAGAACCUCGAGAUUGUACUUGACUUCUUGUACAAAAACUUUGAAGAAAUUAGAGAGACAUAUGGCGGUGAAGCUAGACUGUCGACCGCUAUAAGUGCUCUGUCAUCUUACUUGACUGACUACAGAGACAUUGUUCAGUUCCAAUCUUGGCUGUACACCAACCAAGUAGCAUUGGGCGAUUCCUUCAGCACUGGCAAAGGAGUUAUAUCGACAGCAAUGAACAACUUGGGCUGGGGCAACGAAGCUGCAAAGGAUGUCAUUUUAGCUACAAGAGGAUCUUCUGCAGCCAUCACAGCCUCCAUUUCUUUACUCUUGCUAGCUCUAAGUGCACAUAUUUUGAAAUAAUUAAAUUAAGAAAAUAAAACUGUAAAGUUAUAGUAAUCAAUAAGUAUUAUUUAUUAAAUUGUUUGUUUGUAAGGAAAAGGCAAUACUUUUGAAAUAAUAUCUAGCUAUCUGUAGAUAAGCCAUGAAAGCUUUUACACAUAUAUAGCACAUAUUAACUUCGGCUCGAAGAUGAUACACAAUGAUGAAGAUAAAUAUUUUUGAUGUAAACGGUAUACGUUUA